ACCGCUCAGUUGGCAUCCGCUGGUGAGAGAAGUGAGGCGUGUCUGUGAGAGCGGCUAGAGAGUGUCACUGUUCUGGCUGUGGGAGUGGAGGUGCCCUGUUGUGCCUUGUGGUGCGUGGAGGAGAGUGCCGGGAGUGUUGUGCAGGCGGCGGAGUGGUGACCUGGUUAGAGAGAGAGGACCGCCGACGCCCCGAGUAGGUGACCUCCAACUUGUGUAGUGGCAGCCACCCUACCCGGUGCUGGCCGCCCCUCACACUGAGCUAAAAUGAAGUUCGCGGAGCACUUAGCGGCUCACAUCACGCCGGAAUGGAGGAAGCAGUACAUCAGCUACGAGGAGAUGAAGGCGAUGCUCUAUGCUGCUGUGGAGCAAGCACCAUCAUCGGAGGUGACAGAGGAGGAGAUGAUCACCAGGUACUACGCCAGGUUUGAUGAGCAAUUCUUCCGGGUGUGUGACAAGGAGCUGGCCAAGAUCAACACCUUCUUCUCAGAGAAGAUGGCUGAAGCUACAAGGAAGUACACCACCCUCAAGUCAGACCUACAAGCAUCCAAAGACCAGCAUGGGGAUGGCCUGCGCAACAGAAAGGGCUUCUCCUUCCUGCCCAGGCUGAACGUCCCCGCCAGGAAGAUGCAGGACCUCAAGCUGGCCUUCUCAGAAUUCUACCUCAGCCUCAUCCUCCUUCAGAACUACCAGAACCUUAAUUUCACAGGCUUUAGGAAAAUAUUGAAGAAGCAUGACAAGCUAAUGACAACCAGUAAUGGAGCCAAGUGGCGGGAGGACAAUGUUGACUGCUCAACCUUCAACACCAAUAAGGACAUUGACAAGCUUAUUCAGGAGGUUGAGGGCACCUUCACCUCAGAGUUGGAGCAGGGUGACCGUCAAAGGGCCAUGAAGAGGCUGCGUGUGCCGCCCCUGGGCGAGGCACAGAGCCCCUGGACCACAUUCAAGGUCGGCCUCUUCUCCGGAGCCUUCAUUGUGCUGGUGGUGUCUGUCAUUCUGUCAGGCAUCUUCCACUGGAACAAUCAUAAUGUGGAGGUGGUGCUGAGGUUGUUCAGGGGACCACUCCUCAUCAUCCUCUUCCUCUUCCUUAUCGGCAUCAACAUCUACGGGUGGAGGUCAUCCGGGGUGAACCACGUCCUCAUCUUCGAGAUCGACCCGAGGAACCAUCUCACCGAGCAGCACCUCAUUGAGAUUGCUGCCAUCUUUGGAGUGAUUUGGGCCCUGAGUGUGUUGGGGUUCCUGUACGCCGAGGCACUGUCCAUCCCAUCCUAUACGGUGCCCCUCGCCCUGCUGUGCUUCAUGAUACUCUUCCUAGUCAAUCCCACCCGGACCUUCCACCAUGAGGCACGCUUCUGGCUACUCAAGAAGUUGGGACGUGUGGUUUGUGCCCCUUUCGUGUUUGUGCAGUUUGCUGAUUUCUGGCUGGGCGACCAACUUAACACUCUGGUGCAAGUGCUGAAAGACUUUGAGUACUCGCUGUGCUUCUACACGCAGGGCAUCAACUGGUACAUACACAACACAGUUGAUGACCAGGUGUGCAUUGACAAGACACAGGUGGUGAGGAACAUUGUGGCGUGUCUGCCGGCAUGGUGGAGGUUCGCCCAGUGUCUGAGGCGUUACCGAGACACCAAAGAAAUGUUCCCGCACUUGGUGAACGCCUUCAAGUAUGCCACAACCUUCUUCGUAGUGACCUUUUCCUGCCUCACCCAAGUGUACAAAGGGCAGUAUGAGAGCAACAGCAGCAAUCCCUUCUUCUACAUGCUGGUGGUGUCCAUGCUGUUCAGUUCAUGCUUUGUGUUCUGGUGGGACAUGGUGAUGGACUGGGGCAUGUUUGACAAGAACAGCGGAGAGUACAAAUUCCUGAGGGAAGAGCUCGUCUAUUCCUCUCCAUACUAUUACUACUUUGGCAUUGUGGAGGACUUCAUUCUCCGCUUCAUCUGGACCUGCUCCCUCACCCUCACAGAGCUCAGGGUGGCAAAUGGAGAGAUUCUCAUCUCCAUCCUCGCACCACUGGAAGUGUUCAGACGGUUCAUCUGGAACUUCUUCCGUCUGGAGAACGAACACAUCAACAACUGUGGUAAAUUCAGAGCUGUGAGGGACAUUUCCAUCAUACCCAUGGAUGCCUCUGACCAGGCACAGAUUGUCAAGAUGAUGGACGAAAUUGACGGCGUCGUGAACCGCAAGAAGAAGAAGGCUGGUGGGAAGCAACGUAAGGGAAUUGAGUCUAAACCUCUUCUUCCGGAUGGUGGUGGUGGUGGAGGUACAACACAGGACACACAGCCGCCACAAAGAGGGAACACCCAUGAUGUGCUGCCUGUGUUGAGGGACAACACUGCAGUGCUGAGGCUGUUAGUGCCAGCCUCACAACACUGAUGUGUGUGUACCAUAGUCAGCCACACACACUGAAGACUAGUCAAUGGCGGAGGAGGCGGCGGCGGCAUCAGUACCACCCUCCCCUACCCGCUGAAGGAGGAGGAAGGGAGCCCCGCGGAGACACAGCAUGCCAGAUAGAUGCUACACCUGACGCCGCGCAGGGAAGCCACUCACCCCACACACACGAGAGCCGCCUGCUGUCUGGCUGCCCGCAUGUAGAAGCAGGCUCUGCUGUGGCUCAGCUGGUCCGUAUUCAGAAACGCUCAGCUCUCUCACCACGACUAUUUUCAAAGGCCACAGAGAUGAUUAACCGGGUUCUCAAUAGUGUUGUUUUUCCUGUUAAUACUGUAGAAAUCUUGUUAAUCUGUCACUAGAAGCGUAAAAACACCCUUGAAAACCCGUGUCACUUCAACCAAAGCCUUUUGAAUGUAGUGGAGGUGUAGCGCGGAAGUGUUUCAGAGUAUGGCACUCUGUAUGGUGGCCGCACAUCCAUACUUUUGGCAGAUUAUCGCUGCUUAUCACACACACACACAUACACACACGCAUGGCUGUCGUCUUGGCCCUUUCCACCGGACUGUGUUCCCAGAAAGCGUCGGCGACUUAUCUCCACUACCUUCAACACUAAUGAAAGUUGCAAGAGCGUUUUGAUGAUUCUUAAUUUCACAAGGAUUCCGAGCCACUGAUGGGGAAAAACAAAGGCGCCAACCUGAUUGUGUGGUGUUUAAAGGACAGUCGUGAUGAAAGGCCGCAGCGUGAGGGCCAGUCAGGUGGAUCAGCAGGGACAAUAAAACAACUUCAGCAGUAAGACGUCAAGCAAAACCAGAGGAAUUCUUAAGGACCUGUCGAUACAAAGACUACAGCCCUCCAUCUACAUCCUCAUCCACAUCUCACACCACCCGUCUCGCUUGUCCGUCUGGAGAGGGCGCAGGAUCCACGUCUGACGCAUCACAGUACCGUCACUCCGUUUAAAAUUAAUCGAAGCUACCAAAUAUCCUUCCGCGAGACGGGAGGGCGCUGGUGCCGUCAUGAAUAGAGGCAACAGAUACAGUUAACUUUAUCGUCCACGGAGUGACGUGUGACCCAGCCUGAGAACACGGGCGGUGACCCAAGCAGCGCGGCACGCCUCCACGCACUGCCAGGGGUGGGGUGCCAACACUCCCCUGUGGCGGCGCAGGUAAGAGCGGCCUUCGGAGUACGAGCGUGCAUUGUUUUCUUCACCACGUGAGUGCGAUCUUAGCCUUAAGCAAUGUAUAGAUUCAUAUUUAUAUGUAAUGUAUAGGGAAUGACUGCUGAGAGAGAGAGAGAGAGAGAGAGAGAGAGAGAGAGAGAGAGAGAGAGAGAGAGAGAGAGAAUACUCAUAAUUCUAAAGCACACCAGGCCUGAUCGGAAAAUUGUCGUGCGUGUUUCACUUCCUGGACGCGUUUCUAAGCUGGAGUGAUGUGUUGAGUCACGGUCACAACAGUUCACAGAGGCACGUCACUUCUCCGAUGUUUCAACAGUAAUGUUCGGAGAAAGGUUCUGUUCAACUUAUAAUUCAUUGUUAAGAAAGCUGUUUUAUACUGAGAAAACACGAGUGAAAGAGAUACAUAUCAUUUCCUUAACCUUUUCGAAAAAAAAUCUUCAAUGAGAAACUUCUGUUCAACUCAUAACCCAGCAUCUAGAAAGUAAUUAUAGUUUUAUACCGAAAAGACACAAGUGAUGGAGAAACAUCUUAUUUCCCCAGCUUUUCGAAACAACAACUUCUUCAGGGAGGAAUUUGUGUUCAACUCACAAUUCAGGACCUAGGAAGCAAUUAGAAUUUUAAAACCGAGAAUGCACGAGUGAAGGAGCAUAAUAAUUUUUCUAACCUUUUUGAAAAAAAAAGAAAAAUCUUCAGAGAGCAAUUUAUGUUCAAAGAAGUAUUUAGAAUAUUACACAGAAAACACGCCAUGAAAGAGAAGUAUAUAAUUUCUCUAAUCUUUCAAAAAACCAUCCUCGAAGAGAAAUGUGUUCAACUUACAACUCAACGUUAAGAAAGUAACUAGAAUCUCAUUAUGAGUAAACAUGUAUCUCUAACCACUCAAAAAACCUUCUGUAUAGGGAAAUGUGUUCAACUUCAAUAUCUAGAGAAUAAUUAGAAUAUCAUACAGAAAAAAAACAUGAAUAAAGGAUCCCAUUAUUAUCCCUAACUUUAAGUCCAUAAGUCCACGACAAGUUCUCUCGGCAACCUUCCUCUGCUGUGAACAGUGCGUGGCUCCGAGCCCUGUAUUAAAAAAAACACUUUGCUCGCUCACCACUAUUUUUUUUCUUUGAGUGUGUGUAUAAGUGUGUGUUUAAUGCAGCUGCUCUGUGAUGACUAGGAUGAUAGUGAUGUGUAUGUAUACUAGAUAAGCGCCUCUGUUCCUUAUUUAUUUGUAUUUCCGUAUCUCCUCAAUGCUCGGAGCGACUGUACGUGGGCCGGGUGCUCGCAAGCAUGUAUGAACCUGUGGCCAAAUGCUGGAAGGUGGGAGGAGCAAUAAAGGUGUUUUCAGCCAUUAU